AUGUCAUCAACUUCCAAAAAACGACGAAUCGAAGAAGAAAAAGAUGUGAGUUUAUUGGUUCAAAAAUCUUUCCAACAAUCAUAAUUUUCAGCCAAUAGUUUCCACUUCCAUUGAAAAUGAUCAAACUUCUUGGUUCGAUUUACCAUUAGAGAUGCGAGAAAACGUAAUUGAUGAAAUGGAUCCGAAUUCGAAAUGUAGAUUUACAAUUUGUUCGAAAAAAUGUGAAGAUGAGGUGAAGAAAUCGAUGGAUUAUUUGAAGAGCAUCAAAAUUACGAGAGGUUUUCGUCCAGAAAUUUAUAUUGGACACGAUGCUUUUGGUUUUCAUUAUUGUCUAGAAUUUGUGGAAAUUUCGAAUUUAUCGGAGCCAAAAACAUAUGUUUUUUAUAAAACGUAAGAAUUUAACUUUACUUUUAUUUUUUGAUAUUUAAUGGGACGAUGCGCGAAGAAAAAAACGUCAAAAAACGUGUUUCGAAACAUAAAAAUACAAUGCACGAAAUGUCGCAAAACGUCGCGAAACUCGAGUUUCUCGACAUUGAAAUGUCGCGAAACAAGCAUGAUUUUUCUCAAAAUGUGGAAAAAAUAUGGAUUUUUUUUGAAGAAAAAACAUAUCAGGAGUUGAAAAAGGAUAUAAAUUUACGAAAAUAGGGAAUAAAAACUUCUGAAAAGGAAUCUUUGUCAAAUGAAAAGUAUUAUCUGUAAAUUGCAUUUGCCACAUCUCAUGUUUCCGAAGAAAAUUGUGGUGAAAACUGUUUUAAACAAGUAAAAACAUUGUAAGAACCGAUCUCCAGUGUCUGUGGUUACAGUACGAUACAAAAAAGCAUGCUUGUUUCGCGACAUUUCAAUGUCGAAAAACUCGAGUUUCGCGACGUUUUGCGACAUUUCGUGCAUUGUAUUUUUAUGUUUCGAAACACGUUUUUUGACGUUUUUUUUCUUCGCGCAUCGUCCCAUAAAAAAAAUCUGUUUAGAACUACACAUCCAAUGGAUCUGACAAAGAAAACAGUUAUAAAAUGGGUUCAAGAAGUUGAUGGAAAAUCAGAUCAUGUUCAAAGUCUGUAUUUGAACAAAUAUCUGGAGAGAUAUCACAAAUCAAUUAUUAGAUUCGAAUUCAACGGAUACUGUUCCAAAUUCGACCAAUUUAACUUCAAAAUGUUGAAAAAUCUCAUUGACAUCGAAAUAAGAAGUGUAAACGAUAUUAUAGAAGAGGGUUCAAUGGACAAAUCACAAGUUAUUUCUGCAAAUUGGUUGAAAAUGAAAGAAGAAAAUCUUGAUUUUGAUGAUAUUCUCAAAUUCAAUGGUGUUUAUUGUAAGACAAAAUGCAACGAUUUCGAUGUAGAAAAAGCGAGAGAAUAUUUGAAAAUGUUGAAAGAUGGAAGAAUUCAUCGAAAUUUGAAUUAUAUGCAUUUGAAAACUAACCUUGAUUGGGAUGAUAUCGAUUUAGAAAAAGUCACCGAAGGAUUAGAAGUAUUGAAUUAUAAUCAAGGCGGUUGGAAUUAUGAAUUAUACUGUAAAUUUGAAAUUGAAUUAGAAAAUAGAAUUAAUGGUAAAAAUAUCGCAUAUGUUUUAUUUACCCCUCAAAAGUUUGUUGUUGAAUUGAAAUUGUGA